UCCGUAUGAACGCGGCAUUGACUCUGGCAGGUCUGCCAAGGAUCUCCUUGCGAUGCUGCAUAGACAAGCAGACUGGCGUAUUGUUUUUGCUCGACGGCGGCACGGCGGUCGUGAGAUUCGGGCGUGAGGCAUGCCGCACUUGUGACGAUUGACGAUAACGCGGUAGACAAAGAGGAUCGCCCCCUGCCUCCGGGAUGUGCGACAAUUCCUGGGAGCCCAUAGCCCAGAUCUACAUCGUGGAUCAGGAGUCCACCGAUCCCGAUGAUUACAUUUACUGUCUUUGUAGCCGAAUAUUUAUCCGGAAUCCCGAGGUUUAUACUGUCUUAGCCUCGGAAGAUGCCAGCGAAGGGGAGGAUGCCGACGGGGAUUACGUAGGGGAGAUGCUAGAUCUUUGUAAAGGAUCCGGAGUAGAGACACAAUCUAUAGAAAAACAUGAUGAAGAACCAGUGAGCUGUUAUUGCAGCGCAUCUCACACGGAUAACAAUUAUUCCACGGACGAGCAUGAUUCGGUACGCGAUUCGGCUCAUUGGCCCACCGCACACUCCCUGACUCAAAAGCUGGGUCUGCACCAGUCGGAUUCUGGCGCGGACUUGUCCGAGUAUCAUGAUCAGCAUGAGGCAAAAAGUAUACAGAAUCUCGUGGCGUCGUAUGGGAAGACUUUUCAAACUAUAGAAACUGAGGUUGAGAACAACUGCGAAAAUGUGGACAUGCUAACUGAGCACGAACAUGUGUCAGGUGACAAGGAAUCUAUGGUACAACACUUAUCAGACAGUACCACUAUAUUAAAUACGGAAGGACACAACAAAGAUCUCAUUACACAAUAUGAUUAUAAUUCUUACGCUUAUCCCUAUUCUGCAGAUUAUAGCAGUAAUAAGAGUGCGAAGGACAUAGCGUGGGACAAGUUUUGGGCUAAACACGGGGAGCAGUUAAUCUGGGCAUCCUGGAUCGAAAAAUAUGCGGAUUAUAUCAAUCCCGAUUAUUUCCAAAAUAAUGCACGCACAACAGAAGACGAGAAGUUGCAGGAUGCGGAGAUUAAUGAAGUAGCCAUAGAAAGAUAUUUCGAGCACAAUACGUGUUUUCCGUCUCAAGCGCAUAAGAAUUGCGAACUUCUACGUUCUAACUUUGCAGGAAUUUUCAAUAAGAGUUGUUCGAGCGACAGUGAACUAAAGCCGACAGCAGUAUCCUCUUCGAACACUAGCUUCUCAUUUGAACAAGCGAGCAGGCAAGAAGUUAAUGACAAAGAUGCGGACGAAAAUAGAAAGAAAAUUCUCAAUUUCGAGAUAUUGUUGCAAGAAGGCGAUGGUUGGAAUCCCUUGAGCCCACUUAGUAUAGAAGAAAAUUAUAAUCACCAGUCUAAUGCAGAAGACGAGAGGCUAUUGAUGAGAUGUGAUUCCGUUAAUGGCUCAGUAACGAAAACGAAUGCGACCUCAGAUUCCAUGACUAAUGUUACCAAGAUGACGUUAACUAGUUCCAGUUGCGAUUCCAAUUCUGUUCAUUCGUCUAGUCUCGUCACUUCCGUAACAAGCUCCGUAGAAAGUAGUAUGACUAGUACUAGUUCCGAACAGGAGAACGAAUUUUCAGUGGAAGACAACGACAAAUAUUGGCAGCAUCUGUGGAAAGAGAAUUUUGAGACUCAAUAUCAAAGGCAGUAUGAAUUAUUCAUAGCAAAUUAUAAUAAGGAGCACAACGUAGACCAUAAUCAAUUAUAUUUUAACACGUUGAACGAGUCGCAUGGCGACACGAUUGUACUUGAACAAGACGAUGAGGCGAUGCCUCAAGGAGAUAGAGACAGCGAAGAGCUUUGUACCUGUAAAGAUCAAAGGAACGAGAGCAUAGAUACUGUACAAAUUGACUUAACUGCAUCGAGUAAAGUAAAUUCUGAAAAUAGAUACUCACGGAAGGGCAGUGCGCCCAACUCCAAGUCCAAAUUAAGGACGAAGAGGCUGAUCAUGGAUUCAGUGGGCGUGCUUAUGAAGAAUUUAACAAUAAGGGUGGAGGAGAACAAGCCGACUGACGUGGAAGAAGAGAUGCGCGAAGAGUUGCAGCAGACUUACGCUCAAGAUCUAAUGGUUACCGAAACAAUUGAAACAAUGGUUUCCCGUAACAAUUUCGACAAUAGUCAUCAACAAAAGUCUUCUGAUGGAGGAGAUGAAUUUCAUGAAGAGAUUCAAGACAUUUACAGAGAAAGUCACGAGGCUGAUUGUAACGAUAAUGCGGAUGGUUUAGAAACUGUGAAAAAAGCCUUCUCAUUAAUGGGCUAUGCCAAUUUUAUCGAGGAUGAAAGCCAAAGAAAACUGCGAGGCGAAGUUGUUUAUCGAAAACGUAAUAUCAGGCGGCAAAGUUUUCACUUGAUGGCGGAACUCAAACGCCUGAAAACGAAGUAUAAAACUUUCGACGACGCAGAAACGACCGUCAGAUAUACAAAUAAGACGAACAACUAUUUAUCUUGCGAUCCAACGUCUAUAUCAGCGGAUGCCGAUGUACAAUCCAACGACAAAGGUUCCUACGCAAAGGCACAAGCUGCAUUUACGUCGAGUUCUGAUGACGAGGACAGCGUAAAGAAGAUGCAGAGGAGAAAGAGGAAGAAGCAGUUUAAGAGAUUAAAUAAGAACCUACCGAGAGAGAUAGCCAAUGACUAUAAACUGUGGAAGUAUUACAUCAAACGGUUUGGCCUGUUCAGCAGAUACGAAGACGGUAUUAAGUUAGAUCGAGAGAGUUGGUUUUCUGUGACACCGGAAGAAAUAGCAAAGGAUAUAGCAGAAAGGUGUAGGUGCGACACGAUCAUUGACGCAUUUUGUGGGGCGGGCAGUAAUUCCAUUCAGUUUGCAUUUACAUGUGAAAGAGUGAUUGCCAUAGACAUUGAUCCUAACAAGAUCAAGAUUGCUCGACACAAUGCAGGAAUUUACGGCGUGGACGAUAGGAUAGAAUUUAUUACUGGGGAUUUCCUGCAAUUAGCACCGCAGUUGAUUGCGGACGUCGUGUUCUUGAGUCCGCCAUGGGGCGGUCCUGACUACAUAAAGAGAAAAGUGUUUGAUCUCGAAAGUAUUAUAUCUCCCGUUGGUGGCAGAAGUAUAUUUGAAGCAGCAAGAAGAAUCACACAACAUGUGGCCUAUUAUCUCCCUAGAAAUUCGGACCCUCUGCAGAUGAUCAAGUUAGCCGAGAAGAAUGGUAAAGUGGAGAUUCAACAAAACAUGUUCAAUGGAAAGUUUACUGCUUGUACAAGUUACUACGGUGAAUUGGCCAGGACGUAAUUUUAAGCGCAGGAACAAGAGAUAUUUUUUUAGUUGACGGUUUUUCAUUGUUUUUUUUUACAUAUACUCGUCACAACCAAAAUCGUGAUACUUCUUUUCAGUUAAUAGUAUCUUAGCUGUACUGUGACACUGAAGGAUAAUGUACUUUAUCUUUUACUACUUCCAAAUUUUAUUAACUCGCAUUUUUUAUGUACGUUCUUCCAUAUAUACAUAUAUAAUUUUAAUUUUAAUAAAUAUACCUUUAAGAAAGUAUUCUUUAUUGAUAUAUCUAAAAAUUUCUUAUCUAAGAUCUUGGACGAAAUUUCAAAGUAAAAACAAUGUUCUGAAAAUUAUUUAAUUUUUAUUUACAAUAAAUAAUUGUACUUGCAACGUA